AUGAACACGAACAUUAGAACUCUCAAACGGGUCCAACGUAUGCAUGCGAAUUUUGCUGCGCUCAACCUUAACGCAGAAGAAGGUGGCAUGGGGGAUGAGCCGCCAGAUAUAGGGGAAGAAGGCAUGGUUGAUGAGGUUAUAGAUGAGCGGCCAUGGCGAGUGAGAUAUGCUGGCCUUAGACAAGUGAAGGGACCAGUUGAACUAGAAGUCGGUGAGAAGAAUGUGGACGAAUGUCUAAAAUGGAUGAAUUGGAAGGUGUUGGAUCAUGAAGGAUUUCAAGGCUCGUUCCAUAUUCUCCUUUGCUCAUCAUCUUGGACAUCGAGCGCUGCACUGGAUGCGUUGGUAUGGUAUGCAAAGAGUAUGAUGCUAGAGGAAAUCAUCCUGCAUACACUCUUCGAGAGUGGAGUCACGAGAAUCCAAGAUCUUGAGCAGUACAUCAAGGACGAUGUCGUCUGGCACGAUUUACGCCUUGUUGACCUCGAGGAAAAGUUUGUUGGAGCAUACUGCGAAACUGUUAAGACACAAGUAGAAAUUCUCAAUGAUGAUGCGCUGUUUGCUUGUGAAGACGACAAAGACGACGAAAGUGCGUUUGUCAUGGGUGGGUUUUCUGACUCACUUGGUGAUGGUUUUCUCGGGUUACGGGAGCCUGGCAUUGCUGCCGAAUUGGGGUUAUCGAGUCUCACUAUCCCAAAGAAGCUACUCAAAGGGAAACCACGAGGAGCAGCAGGGGCUACUAUCGAAGCAAAACCCAAAGAACCACUACCGCCAUAUCCACCACUGCCUCCCUUACUUCCUAUCAUGAGCAAGAAUGUGGGCGACCAGAUUGGGUUAUUGUGUCCAUCACUUGGACCCGCCGACCGCUUCUCAAAUCAAUGUUGUGCUCUCGUUACAUCUGACAUUGCUUUCCAUGCUAUCUCAAUAUUCUCUCAUUGA